AUGGUCAGGAAGUCCCUGGUUGCUGGGCUGGUGGUCCUGCUGGUGGUUGCAGUGGGCUUGCUUCUAGGGCUGUUCAUGGGAAUGGGGAGGAGGAAUGCGAAUGCCCCCCCUGACCACUUUUACUCUAAGGCCGCUGUGGCUGCUGAUGCUGGAAAGUGCUCAGAAGUGGGGAGGGACAUUCUAAAGAAGAAAGGUUCGGCUGUGGAUGCAUCCAUCGCUGCCUUGUUAUGUGUUGGUCUUUUCAAUGCUCAUAGCAUGGGCAUUGGUGGGGGGCUCUUCUUUGUCAUCUACAAUGCUUCCACAGGGAGGGUUGAAACCAUUGAUGCGAGGGAAACAGCCCCCAUGAAUGCCACUGAGGACAUGUUUGGCAAUAACACCCAGCUCUCCCGAAAAGGUGGGUUGUCGAUAGCCAUUCCUGGGGAGAUCCGUGGUUACGAGAUGGCACACAAGAGACAUGGCAGGCUGCCAUGGAAGGAGCUGUUUGAGCCGAGCAUUGCAUUGGCUCGCAAUGGCAUUCCUGUAGGAAAAGCGUUGGCUCGUGCCAUCUUCAAGAGCAAAGAGUCCAUUCAAGAGAAUGCCAUCUUGUGUGACGUGUUCUGUGAUUCACAGAAAAAUAUUCUGAAGGAAAAUGACAUUGUCAAAUUUCCAAAACUAGCCGACACAUACCAAAGAAUAGCAGAGGAUGGGCCUGAUGUCUUUUACAACGGCACGAUGGCACAAAGCAUCGUAGAGGACAUCCAGGCAGCAGGUGGGAUUAUAACCUUGGAUGAUUUAUUGGAGUACCAGCCUGUGCUGAAUGAGAAUCCCCUGAAGCUGAACGUCGGGGAAUACACCAUGCAUGUCCCAGACGCCCCCUCCAGUGGCCCAGUGCUGGCUCUCAUCCUCAACAUAGUGGAUGGGUAUAACUUCACAAACACGAGUGUCUCAACAGCAGAUAGAAAGACUCUGACGUAUCAUCGCAUCGUGGAGGCGUUCCGGUUUGCUUAUGCCAAGAGAAGCAAACUUGGAGACCCACGUUAUCUCAACAUUACAGAUCUCAUCCACAACAUGACCUCUGACUACUUUGCUGAUGGAAUCAGGAGUAAAAUCACUGAUGACACCACUCACCCGGACAGCUACUAUGAGCCAGACUACUUUGUCCCAGACGACCAUGGAACAGCACACCUCUCUGUCAUUGCCGAGGAUGGAAGCGCCGUGGCAGCCACCAGCACAAUUAAUUUGUAUUUUGGUUCCAAGGUCAUGUCCCAAUCAACUGGCAUCAUUUUCAACGAUGAAAUGGACGACUUCAGCUCCCCACACAUGACCAAUGGCUUUGGGAUCCCUCCCUCGCCCAACAACUUCAUCCAACCAGGGAAGAGGCCGCUCUCCUCCAUGUGCCCUACUAUCAUCUUUGACAAAGACAACAGAGUGAAAAUGGUUGUGGGGGCCUCUGGAGGAACAAAAAUCACCACAGCCACUGCCUUAGUCAUCCUGAAUUCCUUGUUUUUUAACUAUGACCUCAAGAAAGCCGUGACAGAACCUCGAGUCCACAAUCAACUCAACCCGAAUACGACAGUGGCGGAACAAGGCUUUGAAAAGAGCAUCCUAGAUGGCUUGGCCCAGAAGAACCAUGUCACAGUCACAGAGCUGCUGCAGACUCCGAGUUCGGUGGUGCAGGCAGUGGUGCGGCAGGGGGAACGCCUCUGCGCAGAGUCCGACCCAAGGAAAGGAGGAUAUCCAGCAGGAUACUGA